GAGCGGCAGGAAAACACCUGUCUUACGUACAGCUCACAUACUACAACGACACGCUGCCGAAAGUGAGUUCACUAACUCUGGAGAGCUCUUGAAGAAUUGCCGAACAUUCACCGUGUUUUCGCUUAAAGGAGGACAUUAACAAUCCGAGUGAUUCUGUGUACAUUCUAAUAUUUCCAUCUUAUUUUGACACUUUUCUCACCUGUCCGUCCAAAUGUCUGUUGCUGCAACUGCAAUAGCUUCACCCGAAGCUUACAAGAAUGCCAAGCUUAUGACGAUACCUGAUGUCGACAUAGACAAGAGUGGAAAAUUCAAAUAUGUGUUGAUCAAGGUGCACGACCCCUCUGGGGAUCGGGUAUUUAAGCACAUAGUGAGAGGGUACGCCAGAUGCGACUACCACGCUGAUGUUUACGAUGAAGUAUGUCCAGACAUCGAGGGUAAGGGUCUAGACUGUGAGUGUGUUGGAGGGGGUCGGAUAGAACACGACCCAGUUAAGAAGAAACUGCAGAUCUAUGGCUACUCUCAGGGAUUUGGUCAGGCUGACCAUGCUAUUACUGCAGCAAUACUGAGCAGAAAAUACAAAUAUGAAAAUAUCACAUUCUCCAAUGAAGGAUACUAGCAAAGGGCACAAUUAGGAUAAAAUGACAAUUUUAAUGGAAAUAUUAAGCAGAUUUGAUUUUUUUGUCAGCUGGUCUGAAAAAUUCCAUUGAAAUGGAGGGAUGAUCAAAUCACUAUUGUUUCCUACAUGAGAUGAAUUUGCUCUUCUCUCCUAAUUUUGUUUUCAAGAAGUAACUCUUGUGUACUAUACAUUUUUAGGCUAUGUUUCUGUUGAUUUGAUAGUAUUUAAUGUGUGAAACUUUGAAUCUAGAUAUUUUGUUUAAUGUUUUUCCAUAUAUUUGUUGUAUGUUGACUUUCACAUCAUUUUGCUGUAUGCUUUGUUAUUUUAAUUUGUGAGAUUUUUAUGUCACAUACUGACCCCGAUAUAGUAAAACUUGCAGUAAAAAUUGUUAAAUUUUGAUUUGUUAAAAAUGAUACCAUUAUCAUUUUAUUUUUUAUUAUUUAUUAAUGGAAAACUGUUUGGAAUUGGUUCUUUUUCUGCAUUACUCCUCUAAUAUUGUGUAUAAUAAGUACCAUCCAGGAACUUUAUGAUAAUUAAGUUUACCAUUCAAAUACUCGUUAACUUUGUGUGUGAUUUUGUGAGCUGCUUGUUUUGCAGGUAAAUCCUCAUUCUAAGUUCUGUUUUAAUGUGUUUAGUUGAUGUUUAAGUUUUGGUUUUUGUUCUGCCACUGUUUUUCAUGUAUUAUGUUUUUUCCAGUCAUAGUGAUCUAAUUUGCAUCAAUCCUUGUGGACUUUAGGUCCACUUCUUGGUUUUUUGCCAUUGAUGCUUAGAAACAAAAUGUCAGGAUCUAUUUCAUCAAUCGUUCACAGGGUUCAAAACAAGCAAGGUUAAUUUUUUUUCUUUGAAAUCUCAUAUCGGCUUUCUGUCACUGACCAUACCUCACCCUAAUUAAAUUGUAUAAAAUGGAUUUCAGCAUCCAUCAUUUACGACGGAACCUCAUUCAUACUUUGCACCCUGUUCACUUCUGAAUUGAUUAAAGCCGUCAAAAGGUACUUGCCGAUUAUUGAAUUAUAUUGGAACGAUUAAGGUACCACACAGUGAAGAGAGGCAAUCAUAGUUCAUCUAGAUCAUCCCAUUGUUUGACAUUAUUCAUUCUUUGAUUGUCGGUUGCAUGUUUUUAAGUCAUGUUGUAUUCACCAUCUUGUAUGAGAUAUUUGUUUCAAAUCAGCAUAAAAAAUUCAGUUCAAGGUGGAACAAAUAUGUGUGGGUUUUUUUUUCUCUGUAAUCACAUUAUUUAUCAAUUGUAAUCCAUAUUAUUGAAAAUAAAUCAUAGAAUACAAGAGUACUAUUCUAAGAAUAUAAUUUUUUGGCUUUACUAAAGACAUUAGAAAGAUGUUGAUGCUUUUGUAAAUUUAGCUGCUGUGAUUCAAAAAUAAAGAGGGAAAUUCCUAUUAAA